UUUGAAAUGUCACUCAGGUGGAAGGCCCCGCCCCCUCGGUAUAUAUUCUCCUGUCAGGCUGCAGAGAGGCGAGGCCGUGCAGCUCUUCACCUCCUCUCAGCCAGAUCUGACCAACUACAUCUGCAAAAAUGAUGAACGGGAUGAUCGUGAAGAACAUGUCCUUCAAGGUCGGACAGACCCUGACCAUCACUGGAGUGACCAAACCUGAUGCCACAAAUUUUGCGGUGAAUAUCGGUCCUAACGAGCAGGACAUUACGAUGCACAUCAACCCCCGCUUCAACGCCCACGGAGACGAGAACACGAUCGUCUGCAACUCGUACCAGGGAGGUAGCUGGUGUGAGGAGCAGCGUGGGGACGGAUUUCCUUUCCAGCUGGGGGAAGAGUUCAAGAUGAGCAUUGAGUUCACUCCCUCUGAGUUUGUGGUGACUUUAUCUGACGGCUCUACGAUUAACUUCCCAAACCGCAUGGGAGCAGAGAAAUACUCCUUCAUCAGCUUCGACGGGGAGGUUCGCAUCAGAGGCCUCGAGAUCAAGUAAACUUCAACCCUUCCAUGAAUCCUCGGAUCUAUUUCUCUUCUGUUCUUUUUCAGUUUGUCUAGCAGCAUAAUGCCAAAGGUGUUUAUCACCUGAUAUUAGAUUAUAGAAGAGUUUAGCUUGUUGAGCACAAAGCCAUAGACAGCAGGAUGGACAAGAUAGAAGCUUGCAAAGUACAGAAAGAACAGCAGCUGAAUGCCCUUCCUGCACACUUGACAGAGCCGCUGACUGAAAAGCAACCAUGAAGUAGUUUCAAGUGGUUCUUGUUUUGCAGUUUUCAGUGUUUAGCUGAGAAUAAAAUGUGAUAUGAUUUUCUUUAA